GUUUAAUGAAAUAAUUUCCAAGAAAUUAUUUAAUACCUGAAACAUUUUUGAAGAAAAAAAUAAAAUCAACCACGAUCGAUCCAAAAAUGGAAAUCGCCAGUAUUAAUAAUAAUUUUAUCAAUGAAGAUUUCAAUGGACAACAAACUUUACCAAAGAAUCAAAAAAAAACGCACGAAAUAACAUUCAAAAAAUCUUCAUCAAUUCGAUAUUCAAAUGCAAAAUUAUUUCAUGAUAAUUAUCUUAUCAUAAAUGCAAUCGGUGCUCUACACACUAAAUUGGGCGAUGAAAUCAUCAGCGGGAAAUUGUUUUUUUCCAUUGAAAAAUUCAAAUUUUCACCAGCGACCAAAUCAUCGAUACGAACGUUGAUGAAAGAAUCGAAAAGUGGACAAGCCUUUGUACGAGAAAUUAAAGUUUUGGUCAGUUUAUUGAUAUCGGAUUUGAAUCAAAUUUUUGUACUGCCACCACCGGAUUCAGUUUUACGAGAAACAUCUUUAAAAUUAAAUUUUGAAUAUCCACAAUUGCAAAAAAUAUAUGAAAAAGAAAAAAUGGAGAAAUAUUUUAACGAUGUUUUAUUCACCAAAUGUAUUCAGAAAAAGUUACGCAACAAAUUUAAUGUUGUCGAAAGACGUUUAAGAGAAGCAAUCAGCACCGAAGAAGAUAAAAUAGAAUAUCUGAAUCGUAAAAAAACUCUUAAACAAAAAUCAAAUUGAAUUUUAUUGAAUGGUGUAUACUUCUAUA